CUAUAAUGGGAAAUAAUUUUUGUUAUACCAAGAGUGGUAUGUAAUCAACAAUGUCUCAAUUAUUAUGCGAAUAGAAGUUUAAUGGAUGUGAAGUCCUUUUAACAGCUGGAAAUAUAGAGAAUGAAUCAGUGGAUUGUAUAGUUUGGCCAACUGAUUAACAAUUUUCAAAUGUUCCUUAGAAUGAUAAGCCUACAUUUAUACCGAGAAAUGGAAACUGUAUUUUUGUAGGAUCUACAAAGAGUAAAUAGAAAAUAAAUAAGUAUAGAGAACAAAAAAAAUUAUAUAUUGGCUGUUGUUCAAGAGAAUAAUGAGAUGAGUUUUUAAGAUCAGUAGGAUGAAGAAAGAUAAUUGAUAUAUGAAACAAUUCAAAAUAGUUUGAAAAUGGUAAAAAUGAUAAAAAUUUAGGCAAAUGCUAGAUAGAUGAGAUCAAUAGCAUUUCCUGUGUUUUAAUCAAAAGAUCAUACAACAUCAGCAACAAUAAUGAUAAUGGCUAUAAAAUUAUUUAUUUCUGAAUAGAAGUCUGAUUCAGUAACAAAAAUAUGUAUAACAUUGAAUGUAAGAAUUUGAUUCUUAUAGAUGUACUUCCUUUUAGUAAAUUGAAUAGGUGUCAAGUUUUAAAUGGGUAUUUUAGUAAGUAUUUGAACAACAUAACUCAGCAAAAUCAAAAUCUUAUUCAAGUACAAUAAAUCCAACAUUUAUGGAGGAAUAUAAAUCUAUAAGGUUAAUAUAAUAAUAAAUUGUGAAAGAAGGUACUCCUUGA